AGAAAAGGGGCAUCUCUCGCUUUCAGACGGUUCUUGAUCGUCGCCUUCGGCGCGCCGUCGCCGUCCAUGGAGCUUUCGCUUGAUUCGGCGGAGCGUGAUCAAUGAUGAUUCAACUGGGCCCCCACCAGUGUUGACAUGAAGCGCCAUUAACACGAAUUAGCCGUUGUGAAGAAAGCGCUGAAGCAGAGCAAGCUCCGUCUGAACAGAGCAAAAGCAGAGAGCCAGUGGUCUGUAGUGUAGAAAACUGUGCAAGAACCCAACGAAAUCUUCACACCCACCACCGCAAAUCCGUAAUCUCGACGAAACGUCACAUACCCAGAAGAGGAAGAAGACGGAGAAGAAGGAGGAAGGAAGGCAUGGCCGACUUCUCCUACCUUUCCGACACCGACGACUCCGCCGUGGAAGAACUCAUUUCCCAGACCAAGGACCUGUGCGUCCUCGAACAGAUCGCCGCCAUCAACUGCUCCUCCUUCGCCGCCGCCGCCGCCGACGACGGCGGCGACACCCUCUUGCCGUCCGACCUCGAGUCCCGUUUCCGCAAGCUCAAAUCCUUCCCUCUCUCCAAACCCCAAACGGCGCUCCGGAGCUCGAGCAAUCGCAAGACGGAGCCGGCGCUCGACGGGGAGGCUCGGCCUAAGCCGGACGCGAAGCCGGAGGAUCCGCGGGGGAAUGGGCGCGGUUCGUCGGGUUCCGAUUCUUGGAAUUCGUCCGCGGAGGAGGUGGUUUUCUCGCCGGCGGUGCGGAAUCCGGACGAGAAAUCGCGCGGGGAGCACACUGUGGAGUACGAUCCAGUCUAUUCGCCGACGUAUCAUUCCGAUACGUCGAAGAAGUCGAAGUCGAAGACGAAGGCGAAGGCGAAGUCGCCAUCGCCAUCGCCCCCGAGGAAGGCCGGCUGCUUCUGGUGCUCGCCGAAGAAGCCGACACCCAGGAAGCGGGACGAAUCUAGGGCUAUUGAGAAGGGGAUGAGCAGGAGCUUUAAAUGGAUGGAGGAAGACGAGGUGUUGUCGGAUUUGGGGGGCUUCUCCGUGAAAGAGCAGAAGAAGUUGCUGAAGAAGGCAAUGAAGGAGGAGGAGAGGAUAAGCCGCGAGGCGGAGAAGAUCGCGAGGAUGGCGAGGCAAGCAUCAGCGAGGAUGAUGAGCGCUUCAAGGACCGGCGGCAAUUCGAGCGACGACGAUUGAAUGAACAUCUUGUCUGGUUUUGGGCAAACUUGAGUGAAUGCAAAAAUGCAAUCUUGAUGCAGUAUAUAAGUGAAGGGCUAUGUGGGUAAUGCAAUGUUGUGCCAGACAGGGUUUUCCAUGUUUUUGCUUGUAAAUUUUGCUUGAGUUCUGCUUGAGAAAGUGCUGAUGCAAUACAAAGAUAAGUCUUUUUUUGUUAAA